AUGCCUACAUUCCCAGUUGGCACAAUCACCCACAUACGGCCAGAUUCUUGGCCGCCGGCAUCGAACCGGAUGACCCCAACCCUCGAGGACGACAACCUCACGGAUGAUGAUGACCUCGACCUGCCACUACUUGAGCAGGACCCAUUACGGUACUUCCUCACGCCUCCCACGCCUCAGGACGAGGACCUCGAGUUUGACUUCGACUUUGACGCUGGAAUCGAAGACUCAAGCCAUCCCCAGGAAAUUGUUCGUAGCGUGAGCCCAUCAACCCUCGACGGUCUGAAGCGGUAUAAGCCCCACAACAAGACCAAUGACUGUGCCAUCAUCGAUGACGACUCGGACGACGAUGAGGAUUACAUCCGUUUCACUCCAAGCAAGUCUUUCCCGCUCAGUCUCCCCGACUUCAGCUUUGACCGGCCCAGGACGCCUGGUGCCGCACAGUCGAGGAAUGGAGAAACGCUGCUGCCAACAGCUUUCCAUGUUGGUUCACCACGUGGGAGGCCGGUCAAGAGGUUCGCGCCACCCCGCCGUACGUUCCAGGGCAGAUCCCGCAGCGUGCCGCUCCAGCGACGGCACUCGUGGCGGGAGCCGAGCCCCGAUGUCUGGUCAAUCGAGGAGGAGCCCGAGAAGGAGACGCUGAGUGAGAGGGGCCUGAGCACGGAGGACUUGGAGGCGUACUUCCAGGAGAAGAAGACAGCGCCGAUAGACAUCCCGGCUGCAAAGCCAAAGAAGAGGGUUCGUUUCGUCCUUCCGGAGAAGGAGUAA